AUGUUAGGGCUACUCCGCACCCUCGCCGUCUCGGCUGCUCUGGUGGUAUGCGCCGCUGGCCAAAAGUCUGCCGGAUGCGGACGGAACCUUCCGGACGGGCAGCAGAACGGAGGACGAUAUAACGCUACUGUCGGAGGGAGACGUUUUCUGGUCAAUGUCCCUGACGACUACAACAAAGACACGCCGUCGCCGCUCAUUCUAGCAUUUCACGGCGGCGGCGGCAGCCCAGAGAACCACAUCACGGUCGACCAGCUCACGCUGCAAGUCAAAAGCGACUAUCCGGACCUGUCCAUGGACAUUGACGACAUUUUUUACGUCUAUCCCGCGGGGAGCAGCAAAGCGGGAUGCGAACAGAAGAACACCUGUGACAAGCUGUACUGGUCCGUCGAUCCAGACAUCACGGCCGAUGAUAUUGGAUUCGUCAACAGUGUCCUGGACUCGCUUGAGGAUACGUACUGCCUCGAUAUGAAUCGGCUCUACGCAGAGGGGAAGUCUCAGGGCGGAGGCCUGGUCAACAAGCUUGCCUGCGACUCGGGGGUUUCGAAAAGAGUUGCCGCAUUCUCGCCCGUCAGCGGCGCCUACUACACGGCUGUGGACGACUGCGAGCCACCUUUCGAGUUCGACCUCAACCCCUUCUGCUCACCCGGCAGGGAUAACGUCCCCAUUUUUGCGUUCCACGGCAAGAAGGACACGACGAUCCCUUUUGACGGCGCGUCGAAGAGGAAUCGCUGUCUCCCUCGUAUCCCGCACUGGGCCGAUCAGUGGGCGGCGCGGGACCGUCUCUCCACGAGCCCCGAGAAGAGCGAGUUGACCCCAACCACCAGCGUCUUCAAGUACGGCGGCGGGCUCGUGACGUUGAUCGUCGACAACAAUCUGGGCCAUGUAUGGCCUGCUACCGUCAAGAACGGGGACAAUGAUGGCAAGGUCGGGCCGUUUGACUUUACGCCGCUCAUGUUGAGGUUCUUUGACAAGAAGACUCUGUCAUAA